AGCCAGAGUGAGUGGUGUCUGGCGGGAGUUUACGCCAAUGACGCACAAACGAGCGGCCGUCGCACUUGGCCGGAGUGUGGUUAGUGCAGCCGGAGGUGACAGUGGAGACCUACAAUACUGGCACGCGUGUGAUACAUAGUCAGUAAUUAGAGAGCAGAUCUUGGCCACUGCAAACAACGUUGUCAGGUCGAAAAUGUUGAGGCUCAGACUCAGAACAUUGUUAUUGCAGGGCCGUGGCUGGACCGCUGCAUUCAUAAUUCAUCCGCCACCAUUGAUUCACUCGUUCAACUGUUCAAGUGUCCCGAGCGCACCGGAAACCCAUCAACCUCUUCCUCCGCGUUCUACCUUCUUCUCUCGGUAUGACUCUAUACAAGAACAAUCAGCGAUUAAGGGGUCACAUACAUCGAUGGGUAGUAAUGAGUUUUUACAUAGUAUGUGCUGCAUUGCGGUUCAUGCAUGCGAAACAAAAGUUAUGUGCUGCAUGCGAUUUGUACAAGUGUUGGCAUAGAUCAUUAUUCCAAGCGCCUCCCUCUGAACUGUGAUGCCAGGGUGUCCAACAGGACAUAUCAUAUUUCACCUUCUUCUUGCGCUCUUGAACAGCAUGCUUCCAACUAUGCCC